GCCCCUUCCGGCGGCUCAGGGUUGCUGGCUCGGCUUCGGCCGUGACCUUGGACAGCUCCCGCCGGCUCCGGGCCUGUUUUCCCGGCAGCUGGGCGAGGGGGGAAUUGGAGCUGAAGCGUUUUCAUUUGUGAAGGGGACCCAGGAGGGUUGGUGAGGCAGCCCCCGCCAGAGUGUAUCUGGCAGGCAGUCUCGUAUAUGCGUUUGUUGGGGGCGGACCUUGCAGAUCAGUCAGGUUCCCAAAGGGGACGGAAUCCAAAAGAGGUUAACUGCGGCGUUGCAGUCGCCUUCAGGGCUUGUUUGAAAGAAAAUGCCAGCGGGGGAGGGGUGUGGCUGGUCCCCAAGAACAGGUGUUAAUCCGAAAGGCGGCGACCGCAUGGGCCAGCCAGCCAGCCGAGCCACAGCAGGCGUCCCAAGGAGGGAAGGAGGCCGCGGGUGCCUGGGAGAGGCAUCCUGGUCUUCCAUCCGCUGCUGUCCCUAAGUUGGGAUGCUAGGGCAUCAAGUGCCCCCGCAAGUCAGAAAUCCUUCCAGCAAUCCCUGUUACCCUGAUAUCUAAGGUGCAGACCUAAAGGAGGCAUAUACCGAAUACCUGAGGAGCGUCCACUAUAUUGCCCAGGUGCUGCUGGAAGAAGUGGAGGCCACCAGAGAAGCUGGGGACCCUGUGCCCCCAGACACAUCGAAGAUGCUGAAGCUGGCUGAGCAGUGUCUGGAGAGGGCCCAGUCGACAGCUGCCAAACUUGGGAAAACACGCCUGAAGCCCUCCAUGCCUGCGGCCGCCCCUGUCCCCUCACCUACCAGCCGACACCGCCGGGUGUACUCAGACGAGGGGGGGAAGCUGUCUCCAUUUUUGCCUCCUGAAAUCUUCCAGAAGCUUCAGGUGGUAGAGUCGCAAAGCUCUAAGAAGGAGAUGACACCCCUGGAGGAGGCCUCCCUGCAGAAUCAGAAGCUGAAGGCUGCCUAUGAGGCCCGGAUGGCCCGUCUGGACCCCAGCCAGGCCAUGCAGAAGACAUCCCUGACCCUGUCUCUGCAGCGGCAGGUGAUGGAGAACUUGGUGAUCGCUAAAGCCCGGGAGGAGACCCUGCAGAGGAAGAUGGAGGAGCGCCGGCUGCGACUCCAGGAGGCCGCCAACAGGUGCGUCUGCUCCCGGGGCCUCUGGGGGGACUCCCGCGCUGAGGCCCUCAGACCUGUCCUUCCCCGCAGGAGGUUCUGCAGUCAAGUGGCCCUGACCCCCGAGGAGCGGGAGCAGCGCGCCCUCUACGCCGCCAUCCUGGAGUACGAGCAAGAUCACGACUGGCCGAAGCACUGGAGGACCAAGCUCAAGAAGAGCCCGGGGGACCUGUCCCUGGUGACCAGCCUGGUCUCCCACCUGCUCAGCGUUCCUGAUCACCCCAUCUCACAGCUCCUCAAGAAGCUCCAGUGUGCGGUGUACCGGGCGCUGUACCCCAUCGUGAGCAGGGGCGCCGGGGCCACUGCCUCUGCCCCGGGCUGCUGUUCCCUGCCCCCCGACGCCGACGGGCUGCUGGCACCCGGAAGCCGGCGGCUCCGGCCCUCACAGAGCCUCUACUGCAUGCCCUCCCCCGCUGAGCCCAGCCCCGUCCCCCCACCCCCAGAGGGCCCCUCUGACAGCGCCCCCCACAGAGGGGUGGACAGCAGCCCUGCCGGGCCCCCCUCCCCGCUGGCAGAUACCUCACCCCACCUGCCAGGCAAGGACAGCUCCUUUGAGGACCUGGAACAGUUCUUGGCUACUUCUGAGAGGAGGGGCCUGGGCCCUGGGGGGCGGCCUGAGCCGCAGACCCCGGGGGGGAGGAAGGAGCCGCUGCUGGAGCAGCUGAAGGGCGUCGUGCAGGACAUACACGACGCCAUCGACAGGCUGCUCUCACUGACGCUCCUGGCUUUCGAAGGCCUGAACACAGCUGCCUCCAAGGACCGCUGCCUGGCCUGCAUUGAGGAGUCCUUCUUCUCGCCCCUGUGGCCUCUGCUGCUGGCCGUCUACAGGAGUGCCCACCGCCUCCGGGAGGCUGCCCUGAGCAGGAGCAUGGAGCUGUACAGGAACGCAGCGCCUGCAGCCAUCGGUGUCCCCACCAAGCUCCUCCCGCGGGACCCAGAGGCCGUGGGAGCGGGCCCCUACCCAUACUGGGCCGCAGCCCAGGAGCUGGGGCUGCUGGUUCUGGAGACCUGCCCCCAGAAGAAGCUGGAGUGCAUCGCCUCGCUUCUGUGCCACAGUGCGGGCCCUGCGGGUCGUCUGCGCCUGUGCGGAGGACAACUGCCGGGCCCAGGAGGCUGCACCCCAGCCCGGCACAGCCGCCAUGUGAGUCCCCGGGCCCGGCCUGUGGGGGACGCUGGGCACAUGGGGGCCGCCUUCAGCGGGUGCAGCCCUGCUCCGCCAGAAGCACACGGUCCAUUUCAACCCCGGACCCAGGGCUCCAGCCCCGCGGACAGCAUGUUCCUGCCCCCCCGCCCAUCAGGGAGAUUUCGGAUCCUCACCCCAGAAGCAUGUGCCCCCCUCAGGUGCACACCUAGGGAAGCCCCACAGACCCGGGGAAGACCUGUUCCAGCCCCGAGCCCCAGCCGCCGGGGAGCCGGAAUCCCCCUACCCAGGCCCUGCCUGUGGCCAGCAGCCUCCUUCGCUGGCCAUGGCACCCACCUGGGGCUGGCCCUCCUGCUACCCUGUGCCAGAGACCAGGGCUGCUCUGAAGGCACCUGUCCUGGCAGCCCGGUGGGCGGGCUGUGGUGCCUGCCUGUGCCCAGAGGCCUGCAGGCGAGAGUCAGCUGAGCAUGAGGUCAGCAGGGAGCCCCCACCCCCAGGGCCCGUGUGCUGGGCC